ACGAUUGGAGCGUUUCGGUGCUGACAGCGUCGUCCCCGGGCGAAAGGCCAACUAGCUAUGGUGGAGCCGUGCCACGGGGAUAAUGGAUGAAUGGGAGUGAGCUCGAGGUGGACGGGUCAACGGGGACGGCGGGGGCGACAGCGUCUAAACAACAGCGGGGGCAGCGACGGGGACGGUGUGGCCGGGCGGUCCUCCUGGCUGGAUGUCGAAGCGUCAGCGCUGGCGACGUCAGUAGCAGUGAUGGCCCCUGCUCUGACGGAAGGCGGACCUCAGAAACCUGAGAAUUUGCUCCCAGCACUGCCGGCGGGCGGCUUCCUCUCCGCCGAGCAGGCCAAGCAGGUUUGCCAAAACUGCGAGGUCCUGGCCCAGUUUGUCGUCUCAGCCAACGUUCAGCCAUCGAAAAUUGACGAGCAGUGUUUGCAAGGUAUCCCGAAGGAUUUGAUCAAUGAUGUCAUCAAUCUCAAGUUUGGCAGCGGUUUCGACGGUCUGUCCGACCUGAUUGCCGUUGUGCCCAGGAAGGAGGCGGCACGCGAGGUCCAGGCGAGCAGCGCCGCUAUAAUGAACGACCCAUCUAUGGGCGAUCCAGUGGAUAGUAUGUGUUUCUUUAAAACAAUAAUGGGUCCUGGGGAAACCGAGGAAUCAUGCGAGAUCGCCGAUAUCGCUGGGGAUGUUGCUAAGGCGCAAGGCAAUGACGACCACAACACAAUCGCGUGCGAGGACAAACAAAUCGAGGAUGACAGGAGUCUUGAGCAAAUUAUGGGUUUUGCUACGGACAUGAACGUGCAGACGGGCGAUAUUGGUCAAAAUGUCGAAGAGAUUUUACAGGUAAUAAAGUCUAUGGAACAUGCAGCAGAGUCGGCGGAGAGUAUCGGCAGCGACAGCCGACUCACUGGCGGCUUGGUCGAAUCUGUGUCUCAGUCAGUUUCCGGGGGUGUCUCGGAAAUCUUUCCGGACGGUGAAGCUUUCCCCUUGAAUCUCCUUAACGACGUAGACGUGAUAGGGCUGUGCAACGACAAUAUGUCCGAUAGUGGCGUAGUCGUCGAUCAACAGGCCUCUUCUCACCGUCAGCAGCAGCAGCAUCAGCAGCAACGGCAGCAACAGCAACAGCAGCAGCAGCAACAGCAGCAACAGCGACGUACGACAAAACUGAGCGACCUGUCGCAGCAUCAGGCGCAGGUUGAGAGGCGACAGCACGAAUUGGAGCGGCGUGCUUCCUUUCUUGUGCGCAGGCUUCGUAAGCUCCAGUCGAGUCUCGUAGGAAUGCACGUGGCUGAGCAAGCGGGCCACGUUCUCGAACUUGCGCAGAAGAGUGCGAAGAAGUGCUUUUACCAGGACUUAGCGAGCCUCGGGCCCAAGGCCGGCAAUACGCGCAACUUCCCUGAGCUCGCCGGCAGCCUCAGUUCCUUCCUGCAGAAGGUGCAGAAGAGCCGCAACGCGCAGAGUAAUAGUAUAAUCCUUCGCCAGAGGAAUUCGUGCCGGUACUUUGGGGCCGGUUCCAAGGACAAUUAUGUGAAUACGUCGGCGAACCGUGUGCCGGUGUUCGGUGUACCGCAGAUCAAGCUCAACGGCGAGGAGCUGGAGAAAGUAGCGGGACCCCUCGCAGUUAAACUCAAGCUCCUGCAGAGCGCCUAUGAUUCGGAUUGCACGGCUUCGAGCAGUGGUGGCGAGAGCUGCGACGAAAUGCAGACUUUCAAUAAUCCACAUCAACAACAGUUACCAAUCGCAAAACGGGCGGCUUGGCGUUACGCGCAGGAUCGCGCGAGCGUCGCCUCGCGUUGGACGUGGCUGCAGGCUCAGAUCUCGGACCUCGAGUACAAGAUUCGCCAGCAUAACGAGCUUCAGCGGCAGAUCCGGGCGGCUAAGGGUCUGGUGACACUCGAAGCGCCAGCUCUGACCUCGGGCUCGGCGCAGACAGCGGUUGCUGCUGCCGCGGCUGAGACCGUCAACGGCUACAGCGGCAUUCUGCCGGGUUCGACGCCCGGGCGUGAGUGCGGGGGUCCCGGUGCUGGCGGCGGUAUCAACUCCGAUAUACCCGCGAGUCGCACGCGGCCAUUCGUCCGCUCGGCUUACAGGAAGCGAAAGCUCGUGCAGCUCGAGGGCCUACACGAGGUGUCGAAGAAAGCCGCGCGUCCCGCGAGUCUCAAAUGCAGUUGCGAUGGGAGACUCGCGCCCUGCGCCCUUUGCACCGGGAGGCGCGAGCCUACAAUGAGCCAGGACCUGCUGGAGUUGCUGUCCGUGCAGGAGCGCGUCGCCGCUGUUGAUGCCGGCUUCCAUCCCAUGCUCUCACUGCCCGAUGAAAUAACUCACACUCUUCACAUGGAUUCAAUUCUGCGAUCGACGGAGUGGCAACAGAAAAUGCUAAGAGGUGGUUUGCGUAUGUCGAAGCUGAAAGAUAAAGAAGGAAAUGAAAGGAGAAAUAAAAAAAUGUCCGAGCAUCGUACCAAAUAUCCAACAAGAUUAAAAAAAUCUCAGACUACCUUAUUAAGUGCAAGGAUAAAACGCAAGGUCCUGAAGGGCAAGCGGAGUCGGAGCAACAGCGAGAGGACUAAUCACGGGAUCAAUCGUAAGCGAGGCUCGAAGUAUCACCAGCAACAGCACUCGCAGCUGUCGCCCAUGGACGAGGAGGAUGAGGCCGGGGCGCUCUCUAGCUCGAGCAAGUAUUCGUCGCCAGUGCCUUCCCCCCUUCAGCAGCAUAAUGCGGGAGGGGCCGCGGCGCCGCCUCCUCCACCCGAGAAAAAUACGCUUAAGGAGAAAUCCAACAGUCAUAGUCAUAGUCGUUUACGGCAAAAUUCGUACGACAUUGACAACAUUGUCAUAUCGUACAGUGUUGCUUCGUCAACGAGACUUGAAAAAUUACCCUACAAGGAAAUUCAAAUACCAAAAUGGAGGCUAUGCGAUGAUUCAUCGAAUUUAGAUGUAAAAAAUGGCGCCGUGCAAAAGCCUAUUAUGGAUAAUGAUGUUGAAGACGUUUCCGACGAGGCAAUUGCAGUACGGCACGAACGAAGUGAAAGGGAAGAAAAUAAGCGUUUCAUGACUUUCAUAAAUUUGCCGCAUCAGUCGCGAAUUCGCCACAAUCGACGUACGGAUAGUCGAACCGAUAGCGGUGCUAAUACACCAGAUCCGAUGUCGCCGCAUGCGAGCGAUUUCGGCGGAGACACAAUGUCACCAAUAACCUCACCACCGGCAACACCCUCGAACGCCCAUGAUGGUGAUCAUCAGCAGCUGCAGCAACAUCGCUCGGGUUCUCUACAAAACGCGUUGCGCCGCAGGACCAUGUCCUCGUCGACGCGCUCGCAGAAAGAAGAACUGAUGGUCAGCUCCUUCAACGAAGAAGAGCACGAGCAAGUCUUACCGUACGAGCCAAGAAUUUUCCCACUGACCGAUGAGGAUUAUGAAAAAAUGUUAGAAGUAAUGCCAGGUGGUCAUUUACAACCAUCGUCGAUAUCUGUGUGUUCUCAAGAGGAAGAAAAAGUAGAUGAAGCAGAAAUCGAUUCUCAGGAAUCAGAUUCGACGGAAUCUGCCUUAUGCGAUAUGGAAGGAGAAGAUCCAAAUGAUCCAGAGUGGACGGUAGCCGAAGCGAGGGAAAUGGAAAAGGAGCGUAUACGUCCUACGGCCAAAAGAUAGGAGCUCGUAAAAAGCUCCAUGUGUUUGGCGCGUAAGCCGAUUUUAAUGGCAAAUGUUAGUUUCUCUAUGCAAAAUAAGCUACCUGUCAAUUGUUAUGCAUACCUGUCUGUGACGACAUUGCACAUUGUGUAAAAGUAUGAUACUAUCAAGCUGUAAAGUGUAUUAUAAUUAUAAAUUUUGUAACUUCACCGACGUUUGCGCUUUAAUAGCUUUAUCUUUAAAGACAACUGAUAACGAAAAUUUGCUCAAAUAGCUUUUUUGUAAAAAAAGGAGAAAAAAAAAGAAUUUGAAAAAAAUUGCAUCUGAUGGU